AUGUGUGAAACUAAAGACAGAGGUGGAAAGACGUGGGACAUCGUGAUCAACGGCAAGACGGUGAAGAAGGAUUUCACCAACAAGUGGGCCCACCACAAUACCGCCAUGUACCACUUCAAGUGCAUCCGCACCAACGCCGGCAUGAUCGAGGUGUCGAUCGUUGCCACUUCGUCCAGCAAGCCGCAGGCGAGGUUCUCCACCUUGGAGUUCGAGAAGUCCACGGACGGCUGCGGCGAGUGCGAGGGCACGUCCUGCGGAAAAGGCUUCUGCAGCGCAGCCACCUUCUACGACCGUGCGGUCGAUGGUGGAUGGGGCGCUCGUGGAACGUCUCUGAUGCCCAACCAGCUGGAUCAGGAAGUGCCCGAGAGCACUCUGCAGUGCGCUUGCGACGAGGGAGUGCAGGGUGAUUCCUGCGAUGUCGGCUCUUGUGCCGCAGUUAACUGCAACGAGCCUUUUGGGGGAUUCUGCAGCAACGGCACCUGCACCUGCAUCUCCGGCCACUCGGGUGCCAACUGCGAGGUGGCACCUGUGCGGGAUCAGUUCGGCUGCUACGCCCAGCACGAGGUAAUCUCGGACCGCAUGACGGUGUCCACGGUGUGCCUCCCGGAGCUCAUCGCGGGCCCAGCCCGGCAUGGGAAUCUGUUCCGUGGGCCUUCCCCCAUGAGCACCGUGUCCGACAAGGUGCAGCCGGACGUCGCCUACUUCUCCUGGACGCCGGACGUGCAGUUCGGGAAGCCCCAGGUCGCUCCGGGGAGCGAAGGCCGGAUCUACGUCAGCAAGUUGAAGGUUCCCUGGAAGGGGAUUCCAGUCCUAGAGAAGAGCCUGGCUUUUGACGGCUUUGUCCGUGCGGGAGGCAUCGACGUGACGGAGGACGGCAUCAUUGGGACGCUCUGUGCAAAGUACUGGCAGCCCUGGGUAGCGAAUAAGAACAGCCACCUGGACAAAGCUGCCAUGGUUUUGGCUGUAUGUGAGGUGAACAGCACCACCAUGGAGAAGCAUCGCUUACCCUGGCAGAUCGGAAAGCA